ACACCACACUCAAUCCCAUGCUUUUUCUUCCUACUACUUUUUACUACCACCAACUCUUAUAUUCCCCUUCAUCUUUUUUUAUCAUUCAAAGUUUCUUUCACUACUUUUUUUCACUCUCUAAUCAUGACCAUGAACAAAGUUGAUAAAUCUCAAGUAAUAGUUCUCUCUUUCCUAGCUUUUCUCCUUGUGAUCACACCCUUCUUACCUUCUUUUCUUAGGCCCAGUUACCUUUACUUAAUCUUCAACCUCCUUAUCAUUGCACUUGGAGCUGAAGCUGGACUUCUCUCAGUAUUCUCUGAGCCUUCAGAAGACAGAAAACAACAUAUUUCUGCGUCUGUUACACAAAAACAUGUAAGUUUAGAACCACAAGAGAAAGAAGCACGUGGCAUAGUAAACAAUGCAUGUUCUGUCUCACAAGAACAAAAGGAAAAGAAGCCUAAGGUGGUUGAAAAAUCUACAUCUGAAAAGAAGAUUGUUUUUGUUGGUGUUACAAAAGUUGAAAAGAUGAAAAAGUGUCCUUCAAUGGCAAGUAUCUUUUUUAUAGAAGAUGGAGAAGAUGAUUUAGAAGUGAAGAAUGAAGAGGUUGAAGUUGAAGAUGAGAUUUAUGGUGUUAAUGGACAAGAACUUUUUGCAAAAGCUGAGGCUUUCAUAGGUAACUUCUACAAGCAAUUGAAGAUGCAAAGAGAAAAGUCUUGUGUGCUUCUUAGAAAAGCAAUUUAGGACUUAAUUAACUCUUUCUUAAGAAUAAAUAAUUUUCCAUGUUGUUAAAUUUGGAACACUAGUUGUGAGGAUCCAUUGUACAGAUUAGAGGAUAUGUUAGUCCAGUUUGCUAAUAUUCAAUUAUUAUCAUCAAAUAAAGUUUAUGUUAAAAAAGAAUAUUGAAAAUUA